GAAUCAGCAGCCGCGCCGCUUCGGCAACCAUUUUCGCGGGCCUCUCUGCCGUUGUUCCGUCGCCCCUUGUCGUCGACGUCGUCCAAGUUGCUCUUCCCAUCCCAGGGCAGUCCAAAUUCCGAAGCAACCAACCACUUAGCCACCCGCAAGCAGCGUGCAGCCGGAUCAAUUGACUGCAGCACAUCGCCAUGGCUUCGAUCGCUCGCUCCUCCCUGCUGCGCCAGGUUGCUUCGGCUCGCCCGAGCUUCCAACAAAGCGUCAUCACCAAUGCCGCCCGCGCAACCGCAUUCCACACCACCGCCCGGAGGAACCUCCUGCCCCCUCUUCCCCAGCGCGUUGAAGGCACAGUGAACGACGCCGCCCCGGUACCCGAGCCGUCGCCGUCGCACGGGUCCUACCAUUGGACCUUCGACCGGCUGGUGGCCGCGUCGCUGGUCCCGCUCACCGUCGCCCCCUUCGCGGCCGGCUCGCUGAACCCGACGCUCGACGCGAUCCUGUGCGCCACCAUCCUCAUCCACUCGCACACGGGCUUCCAGAACAUCAUCAUCGACUACGUCCCCAAGUACCGCGUCCCCCGCGCCCGCAAGCUCUUCAUGUGGGGCCUCAACGCCGCCACCGCCGUCGUCGGCCUGGCCCUCUACGAGUUCGAGACCACCGAUGUCGGUAUCACCGAGACCAUCAAGCGCAUCUGGACAGCGUAAGAGGAGUGGAGGACGAAGGAGGCGCAGAUGUUUGUUUUGGGGGGGGGGGGGGGGUUGGCGGAUAAAGGAAGAGUGCCGGGUGUUGGGUUUCAUAGAGAGUGCUGGUUAAAGGGCUGGCGGGGGAAACAUGGGUUGUACUUGUUAACACUGACCCGCUACGGCGACCACAAUAUCUCUCUUUGUUUUGUGUGCGUGUUUGGGUUGAUGCUGAAGCCUCUUCUUCCGCUUCGUGUCUCGGUGCUCCCCAUGUCGGCUUGCUCGUUGUCACAGGUUGAA